AUGAGAUUAUCCAAUCUGCUUUGCAAAACAGAGAGCGCACCCGAUCUUGAGCAACAACGCUCCGCAGCUUCUACGGAAGAGAACGGUCAACGUCUGGAGCUUGUAGGUUUGACUGAACACAAGCUCGGGAAUGAGGUCUCCGAUUUACUCUUCUACUACGAGCUCCGAUCAGAAAUCCGCAAGUUAGUUGGUGUCUCAGUGGCUAGUUGUUACCUCAAAUCAAACCUCACCCGCCAAAUGACGCAGACGUACGAUUCGUUUGUGAAAGACUUGGUGAAGAUGCUCUUUGAAGCGAUUGUCAGGCAUGAAAAAUGGGAAAUCGAUAUUUUGAAACUUAUUUUAAGCUCUUCAUCACAUGGUUAUCUGAAGGUGUCACAAAAGUCAAAAGAUACAGAAUUUAGAUUCGAAUCUUUAAGGCAAGAGGUCGGAGCGAUACUCGGCAAAGCAAAUUCCGAAUGGGAAAGGCUUCAAAUAACCAACUUGGAUGAAACCUGCCAUAAAACUCUUGAAGACUUGUCUAACUUACUUCACGAUCAGUUCGAGAAGCGCAGAGAAUACUUUGAAUAUCGUCUCAUGGGAGUUUGGCAUGUAUUUCUGACCAGGAACAAGUUUGCCUCGAAUGGUUUGAGAGACAUGAGAGAAGGCGUCUUCAGUGGCUUUUUUAUGAAACUCUUAGCGUUCAUCUUCUCUCUAUGGUUUCCAGUAUACAUCCUCUUAUGUGUCAAUGAUGGGUUGUCUAUUGGAUCGUAUAUUAUUUUCGGCUUUACGGGACUCUUUUGUCUAUUGUUACUCUUGUCAUGGUCUUCAGGACAACUUCUCUACUACCUAUGCUCUCUUCACCCUUUAAGAUGGAAACAAUACAAAGUGGCUGCUCAGGCAAUGAAAGUUGCCCGAGCAGAGUGGCCAACUAUUCUGUUUGGUUCAGAUCCUACAUGGGGCUCCAUGUAUCGUUGGUACAAAAGAUUUAGACGUGAAAAAUGGGAUCCAUGGGCGCAACCAGCAAUUGCAUUCUCUGUCAUCGAAGAUUGUAGAUGGUUUGACACUCCUUUCCUGGUUCAGAAAUGA